AUGGCCAACGCGCAGUGCUACAAUUGCAUUUAUGCAAACGGUGCACCCUCAUGCGACGCAUGCCCCAGUGCUAUUCCGAACGGAUGUGGUGGCUGCAUUGGCGGUUGCCCUGCUGCGGAGGGUGGAACUUCAUCUAGUUACGAGGUGGAUUUGAUACGCUUUCGAGUCAUCUCCGCCAUUAGACUUCAGCGACGUUUCGGCUUCGUAGAACAGAGGGAAGAUGUCGAAUCUAUGGACGACCAACUUGUCUCGAAUGGUCACCCAGGUUUGUCUAAGAAUCUUUCCAAGAAUGGGAGCUACUACAAUCCCUGGGCAGAAGGCCGAAGCACAUUGAGUCUAUUAUCUAGUGGAAUGCGAUCAGCGAACGCCUGCAAAGGCAAGUAUUGGAUCAUCUUUGCGGCUGAUUAUGAGUGGCUGAAGUGA